AACAGAUAGAAUAAUAUGCAUAGGUCGGUUUGGUACCUCACUUGCAGAUAAAGUUGCAGGAGUGAACAGGAGAAACUAAUGAAUGUACAAAAUUAAGACCAAAACAUUGAUCUCUUAUGCCAAUUUCCGUAACUUAAAUGCCAAACUCAAUGCUUUCAUCCACCAUAUCCAUUCAAUCGACCUCAUUCUUGCUACAAAAACCCCAUUUUUUCCCGCCAAAACCCACCCAAUUUUCUCUACCCACCAAAAAUUUCAACCAAAAAAUGUCAACUUUUGGUGGAAUUUCAGUGAAUGCUCAAUUUAGUAGUGAUAAUGAAUCAAAGACGUUAAUUGACUUUGUGGGUAAGGGAGGAAUUGAUGUGGGUGAUGAUAUGGUGAUCUUAAUGGAUCAUUUACAAUAUGCUUGUAAGAAAAUUGCUACUCUUGUUGCUUCUCCCUUUAAUUCCAAUCUUGCAAAAUUUGUGGAAGGUUCUGGAAACAGUUCUGGGUCUGAUAGAGAUGCUCCUAAGCCCCUUGAUAUUGUCUCGAAUGAGAUUAUAUUGUCCUCCCUUCAAAGAUCUGGAAAAGUAGCUGUUGUGGCUUCAGAAGAGAAUGAUGCUCCAGUUUGUUUGAUUGAUGAUGGUCCAUUUGUGGUGGUUACAGAUCCUCUUGAUGGUUCGCGAAAUAUUGAUGCAUCAAUUCCCACAGGAACAAUUUUUGGCAUUUACAAUCGUCUUAAGGAGCUAGAUCACCUUCCCCGUGAUGAGAUGGCUUCAUUAAAUUCACUUCAAAGUGGUAGCCGGCUUGUUGCUGCUGGCUAUGUCCUGUAUUCAUCAGCCACAAUUUUCUCUGUCACUUUUGGCUCAGGAGUACAUGCAUUUACCCUGGAUCGUUCUACAGGAGAUUUUAUCCUCACACAUCCUAGUAUCACAAUUCCACCUCGAGGUCAGAUCUAUUCCGUAAAUGAUGCUCGAUACUUUGAUUGGCCGGAAGGUUUGAGGCAGUAUAUCGAUACUGUCAGACAAGGAAAAGGGAAAUACCCAAAGAAAUAUUCAGCGCGAUAUAUAUGCUCACUGGUCGCUGAUUUUCACAGGACUUUACUUUAUGGUGGAAUAGCAAUGAAUCCAAGGGACCAUCUUCGACUUGUUUAUGAAGCAAACCCUCUUAGCUUUGUUGCAGAACAAGCCGGGGGAAAAGGUUCUGAUGGUAAGAGUAGGAUUCUUUCAAUUCAGCCUUCUAAACUACACCAGAGACUGCCUCUUUUCUUAGGAAGUCCGGAAGAUAUUGAAGAAUUAGAGAGUUUUGAAGAUAUUCAACAGAAAGUUAAUCCAGGCUAUGAAGUAUGAUGGAUAGUACCUGUCUGUAAUAUUGGUGUGGCCCAAUAUAUUGGUACAUAUACUUUCUUUUUACAUUUUCUGUGCAGAAUAAAAUUGUUUUCUUGUAA